GGAAAUAGACACUCUGAAGACAGAGAAACUGAAGCUCCAGAGACACAGAGAAACAGAACAACCACAGACAGAGAAGCAAGAACUCCAGAGUAAGAGACACGGAACCUCUAGAGACAGAAAAAGAGAACCACCAGAGACCGAAAAACAGAACCACCAGAGAUAA